AUUUGGUUUACGUGACAUUGGCUAACUUGCAUCUAUCCGUCUCCUUUACCAUUAUAUUAGAGAGGCGGUGAUGGUAGUGACGUCCCUGGUGUUGUUGGUGGCUGCUGGGUUGUGUGGAGGAGUCCUCCUGUUACCAACACUUGAUGGUAAACAACGUUUUGAAUCAUCAGUAUUCGAGAUGAUGGAAGCAGUGUUGACGAGAGUGACAUAUUCCGAUUACUCAGUCUUUCUCCUCACGGACGGCAGCACCUCCCCCUCCACUGUCUACAAGUUGGCAGAUUGUCUACGGAUUCCCGGAGGUGUUGGGACCUUUGAGGUAACAACGAACGACGAGGAUGCCUCUAGUAUGGAAAUUCAGCUUUCUCACCUGAUUAAUGUAAUGAAGCACCUGCGGGAACUGUCAUCACACACGACAAUUGUGGUCAUCAGCGACGACCCAGCCUUCCUCACCGCCUUCGCCGGAUGGUCCCUAAAGAGCGGCCUCAUAGUGUGGUCGACGAGGCUCCUCGCCGUCACCCGCCUGCCCCUCCGGGAGCUCCACGACCUACAGAGGGCAUUUUCCAAGAUGAAUGCCGUGUUGGCCAUUAUCAACGAUAACUCAGCGAACAUCAAGUGCAGCAUGUACAUACACCUGCCCUACAGCCCCCCGGGAAGCCAAGUGCUGAAGGUUGCCUCCUGGACGCCCCACCGUGGCCUCGCUCUCACCACCCACCUCCCACUCUUCCCUGAGAAAUUCUCAAAGUUAGUUCUUGGAGUGAUACAUAUGAGUAUUAGCUUAAUAUCAACGUAUACUUAAGUUCACGUAAUUUUAAUCUCGAAAAAGAACCAGUAAUGAGGUUAAUUUCAUCUUUUACAUAAAACAUAAAAUUUAUUGUUCUUCAAAGCACCUAAAUAUAUGCACCUUUAGCUGCACGUAGCACAACCAUGCGAUAUUCUACUUUAAUCCAACUGUUGGCCAACAUAUCCUUUGUCAAAAAGUUGGUGCAAUUGGUUGUCCUUGAUCUAAGUGUUUUAUUGUCAGCAACUGGGUUUUAGAAAAUAUAAUUCUUGAAUACCCUCACAAGAAAAUAUCUAAGGGUGUGGUAUGAAGAUACCUACACGUGGGACCAGGAGGCGGGUUCAUCACGCCCAAUCCAUCUUCCGGGGAAGUUAUCAUUAACGAGGUCGAGUACUGAAGAUUUUCAUCGAUACUAUCCUGAAUC